AACAAUCACUAACCAAAGAAGAAGAUUAUUUUUUACUGUCUAUGGUUGGUUGUGCCCAAGGUGGUGUGGUGUUUCUUUUACAAUUAAAGGAUGUGCCUGUUGCAUAAACUAUUAACAGAUUAUUGACACAAUCCGUGCGAUUCAUCUAGCUGAAUACCACCGCAGUCAUUUAACAUGCCAGCUGGGGUGUCAUGGCCGAGGUAUCUGCGAAUGUUAGGUGCUAGUAUACUGUCCAUGUUUGCAGGAGCGCAAGCGGUUCAUCAAUACUACAGACCAGACCUGACCAUUCCUGACAUCCCACCCAAGCCAGGCGAACUGAGGACUGAGCUGCUGGGGCUAAAACCAGCAGACAAUAACACUCAGAAACAAUGACAUUUUUUCUUGAUCAUUUUUACAUGUAUAUAUGUACAGUACAUAGAACUCUAGGGAAUGAUUCUGUAUGUCAUCAUAGGCUACCUCUAUUAAAUAGAUGCCAACUA